AUGUCGAGCUCUUCUGGUCGUGGAACAUCGGAUAGUGUCCACCAGGCAAAUCUGGCUACCUUUCGCUCUUUUCGAAAGACUAUCGAAGAGUUGACUCUUAAGCCUCGCACCGUCCUUGGAGAUCAUGCCAGCCUGGUUAAGCGUAUACAAGACUGGAGAAAGACCGUCUCUGCUCUAACGGUAUGGGUCACUGACGACCGUGCCUACUACCAGCAAGCUCGCCCGGAGAUUGUUAGCAUGCUGGAGGCUGUCUUCGACUCGGUCCGAGCGGUAGACACCGUCCGGAGCCAGAUCCCUGAGCCAAAUUGGGUGAGAGCCAGUGAAAAGGAGUUUGAAUAUUUGCUCCAAGAUUACAUCAAAUUAAUCGAAAUAGCGUUCCCUCCGCACCGUCAAAGCAGAUAUAAUACGCCAGCGGACCAAGAUCCCCUUAAUCGAGGUAAAAUACUUUACAAUGGGCUUUAUAGUUUCAGACGUAGGCUUGGGGAAGUUCGAGGCAUUCCGAUGGAGCAACGUCGUGGGUCUACCUCACAAUCAGCACAAGAUUCUAUCCCUCCGCAACAACAGCAACAGCAACAUAUGUCUGCUGUACCUGCCAACUUUCAAACAAUACCGGCGCCACCUCGUACGGCUUCUCAAGGUUAUGCUGAUCAGGGUGGGGUUGAGGUUCCGCAUAUGCGACCAUACACUCAACCAGACAAUGCCGUACGCACAAGUUCACUCCCAGCGGAUAAUAUGGUUCUAGUGAGACCCAUAAUAAAUUCGAAUCACACAACACCACAGGCGAUCAGUGGAAUGCAGCUACCUCAGCUACCUCAUCUCUCGGCACCAUCUCAGACUAAAUCUCAGGUUGAGACCCAAGGUACACUCACCAAGCAAUCGGCAACGCCACCUAUCAUGCAGCCAGUUACAGACGCCGUUCUUGUUCCCGCUUCGGAUACUAUACCAGGCGCUCUACUUUCCGAGGAACAAGAUUGGGACCUCAACCUUAAUUGGGAUGAACUCGAAGCGUUGGAUCGAUCAGAGUGGCAAGGCGAAGAUUCAAUACAAGCGGAGAGCCACGAUGCUCACUUGGAGGAUUUGCCCAAGCCCGGUUCUGCAAAUGCUCCAGAAACUCAAGCGGUCCCGGUAAACGAUCAGGACACCCCAGCUGGGCCAAAUAUCGGCGAGUCCGGAGGACCUUCAAUAGCUCAGCCGAAGGAACUCUUGCCCGGUGCUCCUGGAUUCGAAGUAGAGGAUACCAGUACUCGGACACUACCCGCCAGUCAUGAAAACGUCCAACCCCCGAAGCACCAUGAAUCUUCAAUGGAGGAUAUUAUUGAUAUUGAAGAACUCGGUGACGGGGAAGCGACUAGUCCUAACCCUAUCGAACUGCCCAAGCAGUCAUCAACCGAACCUGCUCUGCUGUCACUGGAUGAGGAUGUUAUCGACAUACAGUACAGCGAUGACGAAAUGGAAGUGGAUGAAUUGGACCCAUCUGAACCAACUGGGUCAAUCAGGCAAUCCGAGCAGCCUGACGAUAAGCCUACAGGGUCUUUCGGUCAGAUAAAGCCAACAAAACCCCAAACGUUUCAACCUUCAUCCGUCUCAUAUCCCGUAUCUGUCGUGAAUCACCAGACCCAGCUUGUCGCUAGCUCCAGCCCAUUGCCUCCACAUAUUCGGGCUGACAUACGCCAGAAGGCAAAAGAACCUUUAAUUGCCCACUAUCUCUCAAUACAACCUUCUGAAACGCGUGACGCAGUAGAAAAGCGAUUCGAUCAAAUGAGCGACCAGGAGGUGAUUGACAUAUACAAUAAAAUGGGGCACGCUCGUAGGAUAGUGGAUCAUUACAAGAACAGAUUGGUACAAUCGAGCCACAAAAUACACCUCCCACAUAUAGAUGUGCGGGAGCCCCCGAAAGAACCACCGACAUUAUUCUGCUCCGUAACCGGUGCUAUGAGAUUGAGCUCCGAAACUGUAGAGUUUUCGAUCUCACCGGCCAUAAUGGCUUCUCUGGAGCGGUGGAGAGCCCGAUUUGUGACACCAGCAGGUUCUCACGGGGACUUGAUAACGGUCGAACUUGCAUGCUAUUCAAAGGAUGCAUUUCAUUCACCAGAGGGUAAAGGUCUACACGAGCUUACACCAAACGCACAAACCCGAACUUGGCCGGACGGGGGCAUAUUAUGGGCAUUUAUAAAUGCGGAGGACGAGGUCAAGGAUCGUAACGUGCGAUUAUUCCUCUCCCCGCCGCCGUUUAUUGAGCCAAAUCAAUCAGUGGAUAUCAGUGACUUUAUUCGGGAAGGUCAUAAUACCGUGAAAUUCGUCCACUUGGGCGGGAUGGAACAUUUUACAUUUGUGGUUCAGACGCGUAGGAUGCCUCCGCCAUACUCUACAUGGCCAGGAGUAUUAAAACGCAUUCAAUCACUCGACCCUUCCUCGGCCAAUGGAUACUCAGCACUUAUUAAUCGAAUAAGUGCGAUGCUUGAAGAAAAUUAA